GCUAAGAAUAAACUCCACAUCCUCCUGCCUCCAUCUCCAGAGUGGUGGCAUCAAAAGGGUCAACCACUAUGCCCAGCUCUGAAGCCACGUUUUCAAUGGAGGGUACUCCCAAGGGUACUGAUAUUCGGAGGGAAUCUGUUGAAGUUUCUCUAUCCUUUAAUCUUCUUUCCUGUGCUUAAUACGUUUUCUGUGUUCAUAUGUGUGUGCUGGUGCAGACCUGUAACCCCACACCCAGAAGACUAAGGCAGGAGAAUCCUGAGUAUAAAGAGAAUUCUGGAAACACAGGCUGUGAUAACUAGGAACAACAAUUCCUCCAGGAUUUUUUUUUCCUUUUGAAAAAUUGUUCUCUUAUUGCAAUGUAUCUGUUGGGAGAACUAUUUGAGAUAAUGAACCAACCACAUACUACACAUCCAACAAACUGUCAACAGAAUUAAGAGUCCUAAGCAAAUCACAGGAUUACGGGUUAGACAGGCUUGUCUAGAGAGCAUCUAUUAGCAGUUUGUACAGCUGAAUACAGAUCCUAUCUCAAAGGUGCGAGCAGCUGAUCCAAGGCCUGGGGAUUCAGACUUAUUAAAUAUUAGUUGACAAAUAAGGCCAAUUCUACCGGGGAACUGGGAUGUCAUUUACAAAACAGAAUAUCGAUGCAGCCACCUACUAACUAGUAUUCCUUUAGUCUCCCGUGGUUCAGUUAAACUGUAAAGUGAGCAUUCGGACACAUCGGGCCUCAUCUUAGUUCUGAGCCUACAGGCUGAAUAUGGAAGCCUCUGAAAAGAACAUCACGCACGAACGCGAGCUUGCAGCUCGCCAUUCCCGGCGGCCCACGCCCACGCUCAGCAGCAGUCUCGGGAGCCCCCGCUCCGCCCUCUCUUCCUGGUUUUCCCCAGCAACCCGCCCCUCUGGCACCACGUGACACAGCGCCGGCCGGACCGAGCCUCUGAUUGGCCGGGUUUCAGGGCGCCUCGCGAUUGGCCCCGGGCGGCGGGCCCCCGCCUCCCUCCUCCUCCUCGCCGCGGCCCACGUGAGGGGGGCGAGUCACGCGAUUUCCGGGAACCCGUCAGGAAGGACAUAAACAAAACAAACCCGAGGCAGCAUGGAGAGGGGCCGCGGCUGCGGCAGCGCGGCCGAACCCCGCGCCUGAGCCACCCUCAGCCCCAGCUUGAACGGCCCGGAGGCGGAGCCCUCGCAAGCGAGUGGCGGCCGAUGCUGUCCAAUGGAGGAGGCGAGCGGAGGCCCUGGCGCCAAUGGGUGCAGGGAGGCGGUGCCGCGGGCCCCCAAACUACAAAAUUAUUUUUUUAAAAAAGUGGUGACCCAAGCAAUUGAACUGAAGGCAUUCUGGGAAAACCUGCUGUUUAUUGUGAAAAUCAUCUUUGAUCUUGGAAUUAAAAGUAAAGCUGGAAAGGAAUUUACAAACAAGAAAAAGAAGAAGUUUGGAAUUGGACUCACAGGAUCUGGGCUUGGAAAUGCCUCAGCCCAGCGUAAGCGGAAUGGACCCGCCUUUUGGGGAUGCCUUUCGAAGCCACACCUUUUCAGAACAGACUCUGAUGAGCACAGAUCUCUUAGCCAACAGUUCUGAUCCAGAUUUCAUGUAUGAGCUGGAUAGAGAGAUGAACUAUCAACAGAAUCCUAGAGACAACUUCCUUUCUUUGGAAGACUGCAAAGACAUUGAAAAUCUGGAGUCUUUCACAGAUGUCCUGGAUAAUGAGGAUGCUUUAACCUCAAACUGGGAACAGUGGGAUACAUACUGUGAAGACUUAACUAAGUACACCAAACUAACCAGCUGUGACAUCUGGGGGACAAAAGAAGUGGAUUACCUGGGUCUUGAUGACUUUUCUAGCCCUUACCAAGAUGAAGAGGUCAUAAGUAAAACUCCAACCUUGGCCCAGCUUAAUAGUGAGGACUCUCAGUCUGUUUCUGAUUCCCUUUAUUAUCCUGAUUCACUCUUCAGUGUCAAACAAAAUCCCUUGCCCCCUUCAUUCCCUAGUAAAAAGAUCACAAGUAGAGCAGCUGCCCCUGUGUGUUCUUCAAAGACACUUCAGGCUGAGGUCCCAUCGUCAGACUGUGUCCAAAAAGCAGGUAAACCUACUUCAAGCACACAGAUCAUGGUGAAGACCAACAUGUAUCAUAAUGAAAAGGUAAAUUUUCAUGUUGAAUGUAAAGACUAUGUAAAAAAAGCAAAGGUCAAGAUCAACCCUGUGCAACAGGGCCGGCCCUUGCUGAGCCAGGCACACACAGAUGCAGCCAAGGAGAACACUUGCUACUGUGGAGCUGUGGCUAAGAGACAGGAGAGAAGGGGAAUGGAGCCUCGUCAGGGGCAUGGCACACCUGCUUUGCCUUUCAGAGAAACCCAGGAACUAUUACUUAGUCCUCUGCCCCAGGGUGGUCCUGGGUCAGUUGCCACAGCAGAGAGUGGCAGCCUUUCUGCCAGCACUUCUGUUUCAGAUUCAUCCCAGAAAAAAGAAGAGCACAAUUACUCUCUUUUUGUCUCUGAUGACAUGAGAGAAUACCCGACCAAAUGCAGUCCUGAAGACGAUGAGGAUGACGAAGAUGAUAUUGAUGAUGAAGACCAUGAUGAAGGGUUUGGCAGUGAGCAUGAGCUUUCUGAAAAUGAUGAGGAGGAAGAAGAGGAAGAGGAUUAUGAGGAUGACAGAGAUGAUGAUAUUAGCGACACGUUCUCUGAACCAGGUUAUGAAAACGACUCUGUAGAGGACUUGAAGGAGAUGGCUUCUGUAUCUUCUCGGAAGAGAGGGAAAAGAAGAUACUUCUGGGAGUACAGUGAGCAACUUACACCAUCACAGCAAGAGAGGAUUCUGAGGCCAUCUGAGUGGAACCGAGACACCUUGCCAAGUAAUAUGUACCAGAAAAAUGGCUUACAUCAUGGGAAAUAUGCAGUUAAGAAGUCACGAAGAACUGAUGUGGAAGACCUGACUCCAAACCCUAAAAAACUACUCCAGAUUGGUAAUGAAUUACGAAAGCUGAAUAAGGUGAUUAGUGACCUGACUCCAGUCAGUGAGCUUCCCUUAACAGCCCGGCCAAGGUCAAGGAAAGAGAAAAAUAAGCUGGCUUCCAGAGCUUGCAGGCUAAAGAAGAAAGCACAGUAUGAAGCUAAUAAAGUGAAGUUGUGGGGCCUCAACACUGAAUACGACAACUUAUUGUUUGUAAUCAAUUCCAUCAAACAAGACAUUGUAAACCGAGUUCAGAAUCCAGGAGAAGAGAGAGGACCCAGCAUGGGGCAGAAACUUGAAAUCCUCAUUAAAGACACACUCGUAGGAGCCGACGAGAGAGGCUGUGCGUGUUCCACGUGUCAAGGAAAAACCCAGGUCUGGGCUGGCAACCUGGUUUGCUUUGCACGGGAUCUCCCGGUGCCACAUUCGGAAAAGUACGGAAAGAAGGCAGGCCGGCGUCACGCGAACGCGCUCAAGUUUGGCCGCUGUCGCUCGCCAUAGCCGUGUCUCCAAUAUGGCGGCUC